UAUAUCUGAACUUUAAUAUUCAGCACUUGAAAGCUUUGACUCUUUAUUUUCUCUCAUUUUUCCAUGUAUGCAUAUAUAUAUACAUAUAUAUAUACAUAUAUACAUAUUUUGUAUUUCCUAUCCAAGCUGUUUCACGUCGCUGUCGCGCUCUCCCUUUCUCUCUCCUGUCCACUCCGUCUCUCCCUCACAACCAACAAAUGCUACCGACUACGUAAACAGUAAAUUCACAGUAUUUGCAACACUCAAAAAGCAAUGAGAACGUGCAGGCGAAAAUGUUUUGCGUUUAUCUUUGUCGUGAUAAUAAUCGCAUUCAUUUGUUAUCUCUAUUUUUGUAAAUUCAAACAAAACGUCGUAAUAGGGAUACAGCAACCUGUUUCCUACACAAGCUAUUCGCCUUUACUCGUUCCGGGAGAACAAUCCGGUAAUGAACGUAUGGAUGCUCAGCUAGGAUAUACCUUAUCGGCAAAGAAAAGACGGGGGAAUGAUGAACGGAACGUGUCCCCAAAUCGGUCAGAUGCUGAUGAAAAUGUCAAGUCGAAACCGAUUCGACGAAGGUUUAAGACAUUAUUAAUACACAAUUUGAUGUAUCUGCGACCAUUGAAAGAAAAUCAAGGGACUUUCUUGGAACAGAACUGCCCAGUCAAUGAAUGCCUGGUUACACAUGACAAAACAAAGCAUGAGAGCGUGGACGCUAUUUUCUUUUAUGAGACAGUAGGAAUAUCCGAGAAACCAAAGAACUCAAAUCAGAUAUGGAUAUACAUGACACAGGAGUCCCCUAAUUUCAACCCGUCAGUUAGACACUUGGGGAACAGAAUCAAUUGGACGAUUACAUAUCGCGAGGACAGUACGAUUGUAUAUCCUUACCUGAAAUAUUUAUAUUUUAUCGAUUCAGUAAGGCAGAGAAAACAAGACGUAAAUUAUGCCAAGGGAAAAACAAAGAAGGUCGCUUGGUUCACUUCGAAUUGCUGUCCUACCAAUAAUCGAAUGGGCUAUGCUGAGGAACUUGGAAAAUAUAUCCAGGUGGAUAUUUAUGGGUUUUGUGGUACAAAAACCUGUACAAAAACGGACGAUCCGAUAUGUUUUGAAAUGCUAGAAAAAGAAUAUAAAUUUUACUUGGCAUUUGAAAAUUCCAACUGUAGAGAUUAUAUUACGGAGAAAUUCAUGCGCAACGCUUUGCAACACGAUGUCAUUCCAAUUGUAAUGGGCGCCCAUCCAGACGAUUACCGCAAAAUAGCACCGGAGAAUUCGUACAUCCACUAUGAGGAUUUCAAUUCAGCAAAAGAAUUAGCUGCUUACCUGCAUAAACUUGAUAAAAACGAUACUCUUUAUAACGAGUAUUUCAAAUGGAAAGGAACAGGACAAUUCUAUGAUGUCAACCUUUGGUGUCACGUCUGUUCGAUGUUGCACCAUGCUUUAGACGAUAAGAAACAAAUCUGGUAUGAAAACUUUGGCGCUUGGUAUGCAGGGAAAGGGGUGUGCAUUGGGAAGGACCGGUGGACAUAAGACGUGAGGGAUCUUUUCCGUUUGAACGGCAGUUUUUUAGAAUAAUUUCCACGAAACUAAACACUUUUAAACUUCGUAUACUGGUAGAAUGUGUUACAUAAAACAUCUUUUUUCUCUUGGCUUUAUCGAG